AUGAAAGAAAGGAAGGAAGAGCAAGUAAAUAAAGGGGGAUGGUUGAAAUUUUUAUUUUAUUUUGUUUUGUUUUGUUUUGUUGUGUUGAAUUUAUUAUUUUUCUUUCAUUUCUUUUUUUUUUUUCUUUUUUGCUUUCGCUUGGAGGAAGAAGAAGAACUCUGCCCCCCCAAAAUUAAGCUUUUGUCCAGAAACAAAAAAAUAAUAAGGGGAGUCGUGCACAUGCGCCACAAAAUGGCUAAAAAUAGUGAAUGUCGUAACCUGACAUUAAAAAUCUUUGACGCGACAUUCCACCUCGUGAAAAGUCGUGUCGUGAAGGACAAAUUGACUUUAAGAAGAAGGAACGAAAAGAGAGAGAGAAAAAAAAAAUUAGCAUGA